CAAUCAAAUCAAGUGAAAAAUAAUGGAACUAUAUAAAUGAAGUUAGGAAGUCGUGUGAGUACCUUGAUAUGAUUAUGAGCAGUAAUAAAUUGUGCUCGAAACGUGCUUAUCAGUAAACAUUACUGUAUAACACUGUGAGACUUUAUCAAAACAAAAAUUUACCCAUAACGAUUUAAAAUGUAUUUUGCUAUAUAGGAUGUGUUGAAAUCAAUCGUUUAAGUAGUAUUCACUAUUUAUAUGCAUCUGUAUGUUGAAUAGUCUUUCGCCUAUGUUGUAAGUGGCAGAACAUAGGCAAUUCGGUAGAAUAUAAUUCCUUCUAUAUUGCAUAAAUAUAUUUUAUAUAACACACAGUAUUACAGUAGUAAUAGCUGAAUGACCUUUCGAGCCCAAUUUAUCGUUCAUGUUAGUGUAUUCACACAUGUCUCAUAUAUGUAUAUUUUUGCUUCUACUUUGUUGUGUGUUAUAGUCUCACAUAUAUCCGGUGUGGGCGUUGCAUCAUUUCAAUUGCCUGUGUUCGGUGUUGACUCAGUGACUGAAGCUCUCUCUCUCUCUCCCUUUACAUGAAUAUAUACUACUCUCAAAUACUAUCAUCCUAUCCUAUCACUUUAUGUGAUAACAUCGAAUCCAGAUGUGACUCAAGAGUUUAAACACUCAGCCACAGGUUCCAGUCCCACUCCACCCCCUUCACUAUGGACAGUUGGGUAGUAUCAUCAUCGCUUUCAUGACAAGUGAGGCUUUCGACGUGGUACGUUAGAUAUAUGUUCCGGGUAAAUGAAUUCAAAAGUCAAUACCAAGCACGUGCGAUUGAAAUGACUCAACGCCUAUACCGGAUAUAUGGAAAGUUUCAAUGAACAACAACGGGAGGGGGUUAUAUAUAUGUAUGACACCAUGAGAAUGAUUCGACAUGAUUGUGAGCAACAAAUUGUGCUCUAAACGUCACCCAGUUAUUAAUACUGCAUCACUGCACUGUAUGUUGUAUUCAAUCAACUUGUCCAGAAUGGAAUUAUUUCGUCUGCCUUAAACAAAGAAGUAAUACACGUGUACACGAGUUUUGGUGUUAUUGUAAAUAAUGUUAUUAUUUACUGAUAAAUAUCAGACAGGUAACGUACAUGAAACAAUCAUUAAACUUCACAUGUCCAUUGAAGUCUUGUAUCUCACUUGUUUUUCUAAAUUCAGUCAAAAAUAAGACUUGAACGUCAAAAUUGAUAUACAUAUGUGCCUCCAAAGCAUUUUGUAGUCCAUUUAUAAACAUGAAGUGGAUUUUGUGGUGGCAUUGUUGAAUUUUUUCUAUUGACUAAAAUCAAGGAUGUUUGAUUGUAAAUAAUAUGUGUAAUAGUUGUUUGGUUCACUCUGUUGACUCACGGAACUGUCACCUAUUAUUGUUAGAAUUUCAACUCCAGGUUCAAACCGACUUUACUUGAUAUAAGUUUGGCUGUUCAAUCUUUUCACAAUCAAUGUGACUUAUUAUUAAGUGUAGGGGAAGUUAAGUUACGUUUUAACUCGGCAUUCACUCAUUGGAGUGUUGAGUGAUAAAUGCCCACACAUGUCGUCAGAUUGACUUCACAACAACAAGUCAUUUCUAAUCUCAGCUUUAUAUUAGGGAUCAUCGUAUUUGAGAUGGUGAAUAAAAAGUUGUAUUGUAUAUACUUUAUAGUAAACGGCGACACCAAGGGCGCCUUGUAUACACUCUUUAUCAACAACCUUCAAAUCGAACUGAAGCUGAUUACUCGAAUGUCAAUAAAGGGUUUGUCUGAGUAACACUUAUAUGUCAUCCACUUUUUAACACUGAUUACAAACCAAUGAGAUGUUCAGCUUUCAAUCACACAUACAUACUAACUGUAUGUAUUGUCUUCCAGUAGAAAUGUCUAUAUCUGAUUUUAUAGCACUGUCCAUUUAGUUUCCUCUUGUCUGUUUUAAUUCUACUCUAAGAAUAUAUGGGCUGCUGAGUAGCACUUAAGUAGUGUGAGUGGGAAACAAUCAAAUGUGUACUCCAGGCUACGUGAUUGUCCUCUUUUCUGUAAACUAUUAUUAUUUCUCAACAUAUUUCCUAAUACGACUGUGCUUUGCGGUUUGUUUCACGUGUUCAACUGUUUCUGUUCAGCAACACAGGCUUGAAUUGUUCUUAGACGAAUACAUGAUCUCCUAGAAUGCCACAAAAAUGUGCAGUCAAUUGAUUUAGCUCUUGUUUGGAUUUGUGUUGUUUCUUGGUUAACGAAUAUGCAAGUGGUUUCACAGGUGUUACAAUAUAUUUCCUAAGUAACUUCGUCAAGUACUUGUAGCUGUGUGUAUGAUUUCUUCGAAGCACGAUGCAAUUAUGUUAUGCAGAGCUUAUUAAAUACACUGGCAUUGUUAGAUUUCACUUAAUUGUAAUCGGUUAUAUUAUCCAUUUAAUGCUCCUAUUUAUUUUCCAUUUUGUGUUAAGUUGUCACAGAAAUUCAUGUUACUCAUGAGGCUUACUAUUGUUGACAGUUUUAUGAAAGGGCCUUCAUUAACAGCUGUCUGCGCCCAAUACUCAAGGUCAGAUGGCCAAAAAUGAUCAGCAACAGGGAUCUCUGGGAGCGAACCAACCAGGAACCGACUGUGCAACAAAUCUGUAGGAAUAAAUGGAGGUGGGUUGGCCAUACUCUGAGAAAACCAUCGAGUGACAUCACACGACAGGCUCUCUAGUGGAACCCGAACUGGAAGCGGCGAGUUGGUCGUCAGUGUGAGGGUGACAUGGAGGAGAUCAUGUGAAGAGGAGAUGUGAGCAGAUGCGGAGACAGGUGAAAACGUUAGCAGAGAACCGAAAGCAAUGGAAAUGGGCGGUUAAAGUCCUUUGUUCCUCUAGGAGCUAAAGGAAACAAACAGCAAUAAACAAUUCAUGAGAGAGAAUUCCUACUUUUUCUCUUUUGAACUAAGCACUUCUUGAUUGAAUUCUACUAAGUGUUGUGUAGUGAAAAUAUCCCUAUUUCUCACUUGGUGUGUGUGCAUCAGAGUGAGGUGUCUGCUGUUAGUGAAAAUACGUUUAUAAGGAGUAUAGUGCAGUGUCUUCUACAGAAUGCACUUCGACUGACUCGACCGACUGAGAAGAGAAAAGAUUAAUUAUGAGAAAACUAAAGAGAAGCGCAUAACUUUAAAAAAAGUAAACACUCUUAAUCAGUAGAAAUCUUAACACUUUAUAUUAAAUGAAGUUUGUGUAUUAAUACGAUUUUUCUACUCUUCAUAUUCUAGUUCAUUUUUGUUCAAAGGAUAUUUGUGUUCUACUGGUUCUUUUUCCCUUUUGGCUUCAUCCUAUUCAUUUUGUUAAUAUUGGAAUCUUCCUCUUCCCUCUAACUUGAACAUUGUUAAAUGUUCUGUAGUUGAAAACACCGCACCGCGUGUUGCUUAAACAUACAUUGUGAUUAGCAUCACUCACAGUAAGCUAAGGUUAUCUAUUUUUGCUUGAGAGAGGCAUAUAGUCCAGUCUUCGGUUGGAAAUAAGAAUAUGGAAGCAAACGUGUUAGUGCUGUUUACACUACACCGUAGUAAUGAACUUAGCCUAUGUGAGUGUCUGUGUGUGAUGCUGUCCGUGUUUAUUCUCUGAAGUUUUAUCAAUCCGUUCUUAGUGAAAAAAAUAUGUUUUAGUUAAAUAGAAAGAAAUAUUUAGGCAUCAUAACAUAUCUGUAGUAGGAGGUAUAGUUCACAGUAAAUUUGAGACUUAUCCGAUAAAUCGUUACAUUCAUUGCCUGCAAUACAAGUGAGAUAUUUUUCCUUUCAUUCUCUUACUUAUUAUUAGAAUUUGCUGUCAUUCAAUUGUCUUUUUCGUUUAUUCAUUUCUAGCAAGAUGCCAACUGGAGAUAAACCACCAGAGAAGCAUAAAAAAGAGUCUAUUAUCGAUUUGAACAGGUAUAUAGACAAACGAAUUCGUGUCAAAUUUUCCGGUGGACGAGAAGCUGUUGGUAUUUUAAAGGGAUGUGAUAACUUGCAAAAUAUGGUGAUCGACUGUACAACUGAAUACCUCCGUGAUCCAGAUGAUCCUCAUCGCUUGACUGAAGAUACCAGAGAAUUGGGUCUUGUGGUUUGUAGAGGUCCAUCAGUUGAACUAGUCUGUCCUGCAGAUGGAAUGGAAGCUAUACCGAACCCAUUUGUUCAACAAGAAUAAUUAUUCAAUAUGUAAUUGUAAUAUGUACAUUUUAUACAUAUAUUUGUAUAGUGCAAAUAAAUAUUUGAAUGGCAGUCAUUAAUUUUUGGCAACAUGUGUUGGAGCGAUUACAGCUCAGCAUAUCCAGUCGAAAAUAAUUACUGCCAGUUGUCGACGACUUCCUUCUUGCGUAUUUCAUUGAGUCUCACA